CAGAAUACAGAGACCCCACACCAAGUUAAAGCCAGCAAGACUUUAAAGAAACUUUUGGUACUGCAAUACAUCUCAUAUCUUAAAAGAGUUCUCAAGAAAGAAAACAGAUUCCAGUUAUGGACAUUGGCAGUUUAAAAGAGUGGAUACUUCCAACAUAAGAAUAUAGAAGCACAUUUUAAAAAGUCUUUCCUGCUUUGAGGAGUACACAGUUUUAUUACCCUUAGUCUCCACACAUAGAGGAGACCAAAACUAGCAGACAUUUAAGUGUUUGAACUUCAGAGCACAUACUCACAAAAAUAAGGCAAUGGGAAAUACAAGCAGUUCUACAGUAGAUGACCUGCAGGCAGUGGAGAUCCAUCAUUGGUACAAGAAGUUCAUGACAGAAUGUCCUUCGGGACAGCUCACGUUACAUGAGUUCAAGCAGUUUUGGAUUGCGGGGACUGAGUGGAGAAGCCAACAGUUACAUAGAGCAAAUGUUCCGCACUUUUGACAUGAACAAGGAUGGAUAUAUCGAUUUCAUGGAAUAUGUUGCUGCUCUGAGCCUGGUGCUUAGGGGAAAGAUUGAACAGAAACUUCGCUGGUAUUUCAAACUCUAUGAUGUGGAUGGAAAUGGUUGUAUAGACCGCCACGAGUUACUCAAUAUUAUUAAGGCAGUGAGAGCAAUUAAUGGGUGUGAUCAUGAUACAUCUGCUGAAGAAUUUACCAAUCGUGUGUUUGACAAGAUUGAUGUAAACGGUGAUGGGGAGCUAUCUUUAGAAGAGUUUGUUGAAGGAGCUCGGAAGGAUGAAGAAUUUAUGGACGUCAUGAUGAAAAGUUUGGAUCUGACUCACAUAAUGACAAUGAUUAACAACCGAAGACAUAGCGUGUGAAUUGCAAGAUAUGAAGACAGCAUUAUAUGGGGUUAGGAAGAAUGGCAAGCAUACAGAAGGAACAGCACAUGAUAAAGCUUGUGACACUGGAGGAGACAGUAUAUUAAAGAGAAAAGGUGUAAUAUAAUUGUAUAAGGGUAAGGAAUCAAAAUGAAAUGGGAAUUUCAGUACGGUAUGUAAGAUGGGGAGGAAGGUAAAGCAUUUUAAGCAGUAGAAUCUACUUUGGUGAUCAUUUAGGAGGCAUAGUUCAAACAUCUAAGCUUCCAAAACAAAUUUGGCAUAUGUAUAUAUAGGUUAAUAUCCUAUGACAAUAUGAUAAACAAGCUGUCCUGAGACUCAUUCAGAACUAUGAUUGAUUGCAUAUGUCAUAAUUGCUUUUUUCUUUUUUCUAGUUGAGGGCUUACAACUAAAUCAUUUUAAAUGAGGGAUACUCUUUCAGAAUUAGGCAGAUUACCAGCAAACAUAUAACACAGGCAUAUAAAAAUGGCAAUGUCUAAAAAAAUCAAAGUAUGAGUAUGGAUAACCCCCCCCCUAUGUAAAUGUAUUACAUGUGCUUUUUGUGAAUGGACCCUUGUCUCCAUCUUCUUUUAUAGACAUUUUAGCUUAGGCAUUAAAGCACUUGAUAAAACAAGCUUUGCCUUCCAUCUUUCCAAACAUAAGCCCAUACAAUAUAGAAGGGAGACUGCAAAAACAAUACAAAAAAGGUGUAUGAAAAGGCAAGUGGUUAUGAAAUUGAUGCCCAUAAUCACAGCAGCAGGUAAGUGAAGUCAGUGUGAGUUUCAGGGCAGAGUGGAAAUGGGUACAUUCACAGGAGACAAAGGCAGAUGUUUAACUCAUUGACCUGAGCCAGGAAUAUAAAUCCAGGAGACUUUUAGAAAAUACACAAGACAUUUCAGCAACUAGUGACAUUUUGGAUAUCCUUGCAGUACAUCUGUAGAUUCUUUACUUAUGGAGAUUCUUCAAUUUUUGGGGUUGUGAACCGAUUGUGUCUUGUGGGGUUUGAACAAUGGCAGAAAGUACUAUAUUUAACAAAGUAUAGUUGUAAGUCAAGCAACAUGUUAGAGGGGAAAGAGGAACUGCAUUAGCAAUGUCUUGUAGAAUGUGGGCAUGCCAAAAGAAUUUGUGUCCGACAUGCAUUGGGGCUCAUUUACUAAUAAUCAACAAUUUUGCAUCAAUGCAGUAACCUAUAGCAACCAACUGGCAAAUAUCUUUGGAUGGUAUACUGUGAAUUAUAGGAUGCAAAUCCUGAUGCACAUUUAUGAACACUGGGCAAUUUUGCACCAGCACAGUGUGUAUAAAUGAGCAUCAGUGAGUGGUUAUGGCAGACAAUCCAAAACAUGUUGGACUGGCUUCUUUUGGAAGUCACAAUGUAGAGGAUGCGGUGCAGUUUUAAAGUCAAUUUUUAACAACUUGAAUAAAAGAAUUAACAAAAACCUUGAUAGGGUGUAAAACAAAAAAUUAGGCUGCAGCAGAAACUGCAGGUGACACAGUGUUUGAGUUAUAGUAGACAGUGCCUCAAAGAAAUUGUGCAUACAAUAAGAAGAGUAUCUGACUAUAGAUACAGUAAUGUAGUACAUAGUAGUAGGGAUAUAGACUUUGUAGAUGGGAGACAGGCUGCUAAAAUGUAAAGGGUUCAUUUGCUAAAGUGGGAAAGGGGGCAAAGUGGAAAAUGCAUUCAAUUGAGCAUGUUUUUGCCCACAAUGCAUCUUGCAAUUUCUUGCUGUUAGUAGUGCAACAUUUUCGCCUUUGGUUUGGUGUGAAAAGAGUUGCACAGCUACAGGUUUACUGGCUUGAGAAACCUGCACUAACUUUAUAAGGGUAUUCACAUAUGCACUGGUUCUGUAAGGGGUGCAAUUUGUACCUACCCAUAAGCAAAUGAACCCCUUUGGUUUAGCAUACUCAGGGGCCGAUUCACUAAAUUCGAGUGAAGGAUUCGAAGUAAAAAAACGUCGAAUUUCGAAGUAUUUUUUGGGCUACUUCGACCUUUGACUACGACUUCAAAUCGAAGGAUUCGAACUAAAAAUCGUUAGACUAUUCGACCAUUCGAUAGUCGAAGUACUGUCUCUUUAAAAAAAACUUCGACCCCCUAGUUCGGCAGCUAAAAGCUACCGAAGUCAAUGUUAGCCUAUGGGGACCUUGCCCAUAGGCUUUCCUAAGUUUUUUUGAUCGAAGGAUAUUCCUUCGAUCGUUGGAUUAAAAUCCUUCGAAUCGUACGAUUCGAAGGAUUUUAUCGUUCGAUCGAAGGAAUAAUCCUUCAAUCGUACGAUCGCAGAAUUUGCGCUAAAUUCUUCGACUUCGAUAUUCAAAGUCGAAGGAUUUCAAUUCCUAGUCGAAUAUCGAGGGUUAAUUAACCCUCGAUAUUCGACCCUUAAUGAAUCAGCCCCUCAGUGUUUCAUUUAUAAGAUUGUGUUGAGAGCAGAAUGUCUGAAAAAGAGACAAAUGUGACAAAUGGAGUAUAAAACUGUGUAAACACAAGACAAAUGCUGACUGGAAGGAAAAUGCAAGUACAUAAGAACCGAGACAACAUGUUUAAUGCGAUAACUAUUCUUUAUAUCUCCAGCUAUACUGUCAAAGCAAUAUGAAAUAAAUGUGUUUCUUGUCCACUAGCCCUAAUAACAUAAUUUUGGAGAUCUAUGAUCUGUGAGUACCUCCAAACCUUCAGCACCUUUUAUUAUAUUUAACAAACUCUCAGUGAUGUAAAUAUAAUUUAAAGCCAAGUUAACAGAGACUGUAGAUAUGAGAUAAAAAUGCACAGGCAUUCCUGUGAGCAUUUUUUUUACUGUACUGUAUCGAGUGUAAACAAUAUUACUAUGUAGCAUACAGUUUUUAUUGUACUACUGCUAUGUACUGUGGCAAUGUACUUUCCAAAUCAAACAGGAUUGUGCCUUUUGUGAGCUGUAAAUAAAGAGCUGCUUUAAAUAAAAAUGUGUAAACUUU